UUCAAUCAUGUACCUUAACACCUCCCCUUUAGACAUCACUAUUCAUUAUUUAUGUCAUGAAACCCUCCAUGAUCUGUCAGAAAGAAUCUUGUUUCUAAUAUAAACUCCCUUUGAGUAAACCUCUCAUCAUCUUCAAUCUUUUGUUCCAUAUAAAGGUCUCUUUUCCCACUUCAUUUUGUGUACUUUUGUAAUUUUACUUAGAGAUUUUCGGUGGCCCGAAAAAUGGGAAGACAACCUUGUUGUGACAAGAUUGGUCUCAAGAGAGGUCCGUGGACGAUCGAGGAAGACCACAAGCUCAUGACUUUCAUUCUCAAUAACGGCAUUCAAUGUUGGAGAACAAUGCCAAAGUUUGCAGGUUUAUUGAGAUGUGGGAAGAGCUGCAGAUUGAGGUGGAUCAAUUAUUUGAGACCUGACUUAAAAAGAGGGGCAUUUUCGGAAAUUGAAGAGGAUCAGAUUAUAGAGCUACAUACUCGUCUUGGCAACAGGUGGUCCAAAAUCGCCUCACAUUUUCCGGGGCGAACGGACAACGAGAUCAAAAAUCACUGGAACACCAAGAUCAAGAAGAAGCUCAGGCUUCUAGAAAAUAAUCCCAUAACACAACAACCGCUCGAUAAAAAACAAGAUAAAAAAGAGUUGGAAAUGUACCCCAACUCACAAAACGAGCAUGAAAAGGUUAAUGGGAAGUUCCAAGUGUUGGAAGGAUCAAAAGGAGAUCAUAGAAAUGAAGUAGUGGAGAAAGCAAUGAGUUCCCAAAGUGAAAUUAGUAGUGUUCAUUUGAUCAACAGCUAUGAGAUUAUGAGUAGAAAUAUGGAGAUGGAGAUGCUUAUGACAAGCCUAGAAAAUGCAUCUCAAACUUGUUCUUCAUUUUCAUUUCAAGGUUCAUUUAGACCCAUCGGCAGUAGUAGCGUGGAACAAUGGGUUCAGAGUAUGAUGUGUUGGGAUGGGAUCAAUUACAUUGAUUAACAACUCUUUUUUCUCUUCCUAGCAACGUCUUAAAUCUCACGGUGUAGCUUGUUGAGUAUGAUUUGUUUUAGUAAUGGAUAUUGGUCUU